UAGGACAGGAGCCGAGAACAAGCGAACAGAGUGCUCGCUAGCUAAACAUACAGGCUCGCUGGAAGAGUGAUGUAGCUAGCUGUACACGCCACAGGCUAACCGCACCAAUUUAGUCAAGAGCGCGCACGGACGUUCGGCAGAAACGACAAACUUUCAGAAGUUCCACCCGUCCACCAUCGAGCAUAGCCCAGCCUUUCGGAGUAUUCUCGUUGUUGUUGUUGUUGUUGUUGUUGUUAUUAUUAUUAUUAUUAUUAUUAUUAUUGUUGUUUCUGUCGGCACAAAGGAGUGAGUUCUUGUUAUUUUUCGCACGGAGCAAUAAGAGCGGCGCUCGCUGUCCUUCUGGCGUUCGAUAGUCGCUCUCCACCUAGGAGCUAGGAGCGAAGCUGAACCCGCCGUUGUGGAGAGUCGCACUCGUUCAGGAGCCCGCUAGGCUAGCCGAAAGCCGACUUCGUCGAAGAUCUAAGGCUCCCGGGCGUUGUUUAAUACCCAUCACAACAAGAGCAGAAUCGGGAAGAGAGUAGGUGACAGAGGGGAAAAGAAUCGUGGGAGUGCGGCCGGAGCGUGAGUACAGCGACAAACAAAAAGAAGGGGAGACAGCAAAAACAAGCAAGACAGUGAAAGAUAACGAGAGAGCUCGGUAUCUUUGGGAACUGAAGGAACGGUGCAAAGCUCACGGCGAACGCACUCCCGAUAAUCGAGGUUCUGGGGAACUGGAAAAGAGAGAGAAAGAGAGAGAGUGAGAGAGAGUAGCUGAGGAAAAACGCACGGCCGCUGUUGGAGAACGCCCGCCUAGAGUGAAAAGGCGCCGUGUUGGUAACUGGCAACCAAGCGAGUUGUCACACCCCCCCCCCUUUCCCCCGGAACCAAACCGAACACACAGCCGUGUGUUCCGUGCGAUAUAGAGAGAGCGGGAGUCCAAUAGAGUCAAGCAGCGGUCCGAGACUGGCUGGCAGACAGAGAGUCAGUCAAUUGUGUGUAGUGAGUGAAGUUCUGUCGACGACAACGGUGGUUGUUGUUCUACGACGACCAAGUGAAUGCUCAUUCAGUGAUCGUGCGGUGCUCCUUAAGGAGGAACCCUAUUUCCCCGUGGUACUGUGGACCGACGUGUGACCGAUUGCCGUGUGGCAUGAGUGGCAGCUAGUGACCUGCGAGCCGCGGCAUGGAGCUGGCGACGGAGAGAAGUCCGGCCGCGCAGGAGUCAACGCGCCAGCGCGCGUCGAGUCCAUUCGAAGAAGAAGAUAAAAAAAUGAAGCGGUCGGACAGCGUGGAAUCUCUCGGAGUUCCCGGGGCAACCGUUGGGGGAGCAACGAAAGAGACGGGCGCCGGAGCUACGCAGGGUGGCGGGGGUAGUGUUGCAUCACCUGCGCCAGCCCCACCGGCCCCUGUCUUAGCCAACGUUCCUGUUCAACACGAGUCCGCAACAGGUAAGCCAGCAGUUCCUGUUCACUGCAUCGUCGAGCUGAGCAAUAGCGCGACCGAGGGCUGGCGGGACUCGCCCGUUCACUCGACGCAGCCCGCUACAGCUUUCGCGCACGUUGAGAAUCGCGUCGUGACCGAUGGUUACGCUAUCGUUCCUGCGAAUACUCCACUCAUCAAUCUCGUGCCGAUAGCCCUCGAAAAACUCGGCGUUUACAGUGAAACGACCGCACCAGCUAAAGGUGCUCUCCAAAUCAAAAACUGGCUACCAUUGGGACUCGACCAAGUAACGGAUAACCCCCAAAAUGCAACGGUCGGGGAAAUGCUCGCCGAUCUUGGCCAGCUCGUCACCUUACGUAUCACAUUACUCAAUUUACCGUCGGUGAAGGGCGAACAGUCUGAAGAUCCUUUGACCUCGUGCCAAACUAUCAAAAGGGACACGCAUACUCCUCCGGAAGAAUCGGAGGAUGUGAAGGAGCCGACAAGGGAUCUAAGUCCUAAGGAUCUUGUCCUGCUCAAUCACCUGCUCAACAAGCAACAACAGCAGCAACAACAACAACAACAACAGCAGCAGCAGCAACAGCAGCAACAGCGACAACACUCGCAGCCACAAACUCAGGCUCAAACAGAUCGUUUCGCCAACCAGCUGCUGAUUGGGGCGGCAGCUCUCCAGAGUCGACUGCAGAUGGUGGAGGGAAUACCGCCAGCGCUCAGUAAAGCUAGCAUUCCGGAGUCGGCUGUUUCUGACCAGGUUUACCAGUCGCUGUUGCAGACGUUAGCUAACGAAAAGCGUGGGGUAUCACACGGUGGUGUAGCUGCCACGGGCGCACUUAAUCAGGGCAUGUUUAGUCCAGAGCGACGUGAGGAGAUAUUGAGAACGUUCAUCGAGAACGCUCCCAAGCUCUCCCAAGGCGCUGGCGGGCAGCAGGCCGCGCACCCUGCUGGACUGGCCGCACUUCCACUUGGCCGCAAGCGACAAGCGGACACCGAGGUGCUGGAUUUUAGUGUUGCUGCGAAGAUGGUGCCGCACGUACCACACGGGGCGCACGCGCCUCACUCAAACGGCCAGCUAACGCGGUUCGACGACGAUAAACUACAUGCUAGUAAACCACGAGUACGUACGACGUUCGACCCGGAGACGGAGGUGCCACAGCUGCACGCGUGGUUCCAGAGGGACCAACACCCCACACGUGUCCAGAUUCAGGACUACGUUGAGCAGUUAAACGCAGCGCGACGGGCGCUCAAUCGCGACAAGCUGCUCAAUGUGAAUAAUGUGGUGUAUUGGUUCAAGAACGCGCGGGCGGCUUACAAGCGCCGCCGGCUUCAGAUCGUCGCGCCGGGUCAGUUAACGGCAGGGUCACUUUCGGUGUCCCUGUCGGCUUCCAGUCCAGACAAGGGCGCUCCAUGCUCUCCCGGAUCAACGAGAGACCAAGAUAUUGAAAGCGACCGCGAGGCAAGCGUAUCACCCCCGCCCAAACUUACGACCGCUAACCAGACGCUUCCAUUGAACGCAUCUGGCGUCGACGCUGUUAGCGGUGCUCCGGGAUUACUCGACAAAUGGAAAGAGUACGAGUAUCAACGAAGACUAGCCGAAGCGCAACAGCGGUUGGGUUGGCACCAUCUAGCGGCAGUGAUGCAAGCCACUCAGGCGCAACAGCAUCAACAGGCCGCGUCGUUAGACCUUAGUGUAAAACCGGCUGGUGUCAAGUUGCAAAGCUGUUCGAGCGAGGCCGACAACGAUAGCGCCGACUCAUCGAAAGAAGGCCUCGCCAAAGAUGGUGCCGAAAGCGAUGCCAGUGAUGAUGACGAGCCUGAACGCGAAGAGACCGAUCCCGAUGGCGAGCACGACAACGAGAUAGCCUGGGAAAACCGCAUUGCCAAUGCGCAACAGCAGGCGUCGAAUUUAGCACUAUAUGGCGCUGGCGUUUAUGGCGGGGUGGCGCUACCUGGUGUGCCAUUCCAAGGUCUACAACCGACUGGGUUAGCGCCUAAUGGCCAUUUUGCUGGCGGCCCGCUGGAGGCAGGCCGCAAACGAAAUCGAACGUUUAUCGACCCCGUGUCCGAAGUGCCUAAAUUGGAGAAGUGGUUUAAUGAGGUGACGACUCAUCCGCACCAUGCGCAAAUUGAGGAAUUCACAGCGGAGCUGAACGCCAUGGAGUACCGACAGAAGUUUCCUAAGCUCGAGCCCCGCAACGUGCAGUUCUGGUUCAAGAACCGCCGAGCGAAGUACAAGCGGAUCGAGAAGUCGGCCACCUCGUCGGGACUUCCUCCCUCAGUCGAAACAACCGUUUCAUCCUGAAUAAUAUUCUCAGCAACAGCAGGAAAUAAUUAAGAAAACAAGAUGGUGAAAAGAACGAUAAUGCAUCCAGACCUAGAAAAUCUACGACAGAUGUACUGCACCUCACAUUAUUAUUACUAUUUGGAAUUACGAUUACCGCUGCAAGCGAGAACCGAUGGAGAACUAACCAAUCGACUCUUGUUGUUGCUGCUGCCUCAGGAAGGACGAGUUGCAUAUCGCAGUUGGCGACACAACAGGCAGAUGUCGCAGCUGUUCCGCGGUGCAGGGAUAGAGAAAGGGGCCGAAGAUGGAAAUUAAGGACUCGUACUAGCUCAGCGAUCCAGUAUCAGCUUUACCUACAGCUUCAUUCGGAGUUGCCGAGUGUCACUCGACAAAACCAACCAACGAAAGGACCACGGCAACCAAGAAGUGCAUUUAAUUCUAUGAUACAAUACACUGCACGACGAACUACUAAUGAUAAGUUGAAAAACGAAUUAUUCUUGUCGAUGGAGAGGCAAUACGGUGGACAUUGACGUCAAACGUCCGCCUCGCAUCGUUUGCUUUUCGUCAAGCCAAAUAAAAACAAAGCUGUCUCCUUCCGAAACAAACAGAGAAAGAACAACAAUAGUGAACAUUAAAAUUAAAACACAUCGUAUAAUACACAUGAAAUGUUUGUUUAUGGCCAUCGAUGGUGGCGACGUAUACGGCAACGACGACGGCAUUAAUAGGUGCCGUCUGUGUUAGAGCUCCGCCAAACUCGAAAGUAAGGAGUAGCUAGCCACCAAAAGAGCUAGCAAAACGACAGGACGAACCUCUAACGAGCGUUACUAACAGAAACAGCAGGUCAAAAAACGAGGGGAACAAGACAAAAGCUGAAACAAUGGCGGAAACACUCACACAUACAUCCACACAGAUAAUACAAAAAGGUUCAAUCAAAUAGAUAGAAUAACAAACAGUAAAAGUAGUAAAUCGUAUUGAACAAAGACAAGUUUUAGUACUCUAGUCAUUCACGAAUCCAUAACGAUCAAGAGCACCCUGAUGUGCAUGCGCGCCGCCACGUAAUUCUGUUGGAGUGGGUUCGUCUGCUCAACGUCGGCGCUCGUACUGUCUUACCGCCUCCGACGAAAAUCAAUAUGGCGAUCGACGAGUUAAAUACGGCGCAACUACAUUCCGCUACACCAGUUUCAGAGAAUAUCGCCGAAAACGUUUUGUUUCUUUUUUGCUCAGCUUCGCUGACCUUUUGUCACUCGGCAAUCAACAGGGAGUAGCAGCCGAAUACGAUAUGGGAAGCAAAUAUGUCAGACUCUAGGAAAAAGAAUUGGGGCAGGGACAAAAUGUUGGGCAGGGGAGAGGGCAGGAAGAUUAUGGCAGCAGAAGGCGGUCGGGGGCAAAUUUCAAACAUUCCGCUUGAACGUUUUUGGGCAGCGCGGGUACCCGCAAAUUGCGCGUUUUGCAUGUCGAACAAAAGUACACGGAAGGGCUCGGAUGGUCGAGCGUUGCUUGCUUGGCCCUGUACACUGGGGGUAAAAGGGUUGCAUAGGGAGAGAGAGAGAGAGAGAGAGAGAGAGAGAGAGAGAGAGAGAGAGAGAGAGGACACAA